UACCGGGCGAUACUGCACCCAUUGAGGGCGCGUAUGACCGAGAUGAACACCAGGCUGAUCAUCACGGUGAUUUGGUUCGUCUCGCUGGUCACACCACUGCCCACAGCCAUACUCUCCAAAUUGAAGCGCCAGUUGAAUAGCACACACUUCACGUGCAACGAGGACUGGGACGACAUCGAUAAGCGAUACUAUUAUUCCGUGGCUCUAAUGCUAUUGCAAUACGCGUUCCCGUUGUCUGUACUCAUCUACACGUAUAUGAGAAUAGCUGUCGUUGUGUUCGCCAAACGGACGCCCGGAGAGGCCGAGGACGCCAGGGAUGCCCGCAUCAGGGCCUCCAAGAGGAAGAUGAUCAAAAUGAUGAUGAUCUGUGUGCUAACGUACGCUGUCUGUUGGCUGCCAUUGAACACGAUUAAUUUAAUCGGCGACCAAAUGCCCGAUAUAUGGAAAUACAAGUAUAUUAUGUUUAUAUGGAUAUCAAGCCAUUGGCUGGCAAUGAGCCACUCCUCCUAUAAUCCCAUUAUCAUAUUUACCAUGAAUUCAAAGUUUCGCUUAUCAUUGAGACAAUUGCUGACAACUGAGAGGUCGAUCACUUCCAGGAGAUCCACGCGUAACACGAAUAACACGCCAACCAUUUUGGCCACAAUUCAUAAUCACCUUCAGAUCAGACAAUCCAUUUGA